AUGUCACUUAGAUCAACAACUGGCGAGGGCGCGGCUAAGGAUAUGGCUCAAUCCGUUGCCUCUGAUCAUGUCCAAGAUGAGGUCCUGGAAUUGACCAAGGCGCAGUCAAAGCGACUCCUCCUCAAGACAGAUCUGGUCGUCAUGCCACUUGCUGUUCUGUCUAUGACACUCGCCUUCUUGGACAAGAACGCUUUGGGAUAUGCUGCCAUUUUCGGCAUCAAAGAAGAUGCUCAUCUCAAGCCCCAAGAGUACAGUUGGCUCAGCAGCAUCUUCUACUUCGGUUACCUCGCCAUGGAAUUUCCCAAUUUGUGGCUAAUGACCAAGAUACCUAUCGGCAAAUACGUCGGUGGCUGCCUCACUCUAUGGGGUAUUGCUCUAUGCUUCAUGGCUCUUUGCCAUAACUUUGCAGGGCUGGCGACUAUCAGAUUCCUUCUCGGUGUUUUUGAAGCUGCUGUGUUACCUUGUAUGAUGAUCAUCAACUCGAUGUGGUAUCUGAGAAAUGAGCAGCCUUUGAGAACAGCGUUCUGGUAUAAUACUUUCGCUGGUGUGUUUGGGGGUAUUCUGUCUUAUGCGAUUGGACAGAUUAAUGGAUCGCUAUCCACUUGGAAGUACAUCUUCCUCAUCUAUGGAUCUUGCACCAUCCUCGCCGGAGCUCUCGUCUUCUUCGGUCUUCCCGAUACUCCCUCCAAGGCAUGGUUCUUCACGGAGGAAGAGAAGAAGCUUGCGAGGAUUCGCCUCGCACCCAAUCAGACCGGCAUUGAGUCAAAGAAGAAAUUCCAAACUGCCCAGAUCUUUGAGGCUCUCCGGGACCCCAAGUGUUACUGCAUCUGGCUCGGCGUCUUUGGCUAUGCACUCGCCAACGCGGGCAUCACAAACUUCAACCCUCUCAUCAUCGCUGGGUAUGGUUUCAGCAAGACCAAGACUGUCUUAAUGGCGACUCCUCAGGCAGCGGUUGCCAUGAUCAGCCAGGCUAUUCUGACAGCUAUCGCGUUCUUCAUUCCGAACCUUCGAUGCAUCUUCUGGAUCUUUGGUGCGCUGAUGGGUCUUGUUGGAGCGGUUAUGGUGCACUCACUCGAUGUUGCGACGCAGCGCGACGCGUCUUUGGCAGGAGUCUACCUCAUGGGCUUCUACAACGUCCCUUGGGUCUUCCUGCUCAGUCUCUCGUCGUCCAACACUGCUGGCGCAACAAAGAAGAGUUUUAUGGGCAUCUCCAUCGCGAUCGUUUACGCUGUUGGCAAUAUCGUCGGGCCUCAAUUUUUCCUUGAUAGACAGGCACCCACGUACACCCUGGGCAUCGGCUCUAUGCUUUUCGCAUUUGCCUUGAUGGCCGCCACUGGUUUGGCGUAUUAUGUUCUCUGCGGUAUGGAGAACAGGAGGCGCAACAAGCAAUAUGGCAAGACUCAUGACGACACUGAUAUCGGACUGGAGGCCGAAAGGAGCGACAAGACGGAUUGGCAGAAUCCCAACUUCCGUUACACUUACUAG